AUCACAGCCCGAGUCAAUUUAGAAAGUCGACCUUACUCCGUACUACAUCCAAACCACUAAAACACAUCAUCUGUUCUUUCUACUUCCGAGUGGAUACCCAUUGUGGACGCACACGGCAAAUACACAAGAGACUGUCUGAAGUCAAGCUUUUUUUGAACGAACAAGUUAGAAAACUGCGCUGUAGAAAAAGUAAGCUUUUUUGCGUUGAACUUUUAACUGUUGCAGCUUUCGGAAUCAGCUCCACAAGGCUGGUAGUUGUGUCUGUGUAUUCUGACCGUUUUCUUUUUUUUUUACCUUUUUUUUUAUUUGGUUUUUAUUUUUACCGUCGCGCAUUCAGUGUUUCAUGCUCACAAAUGUUAGCAGUUGGGCAGAUGGAUACUAAUCGGCAGAAUGCUUUCGUCCUAGGCAGUACACCGCUGGCAGCUUUACACAAUAUGACCGAGAUGAAGACAUCUUUAUUCCCUUACACUUUGCAAAAUCCCUCGGGCUUCAAGGCACCUUCGCUCACAAACCUGAACUCGCAUCUCUCUCUGGGUACGCCGCAUGGAAUAAGCGACAUCUUGGGCAGACCGAUUACAACAGCUGGACAACUGCUCUCGGGAUUUCCCAGGAUAAAUGGGCUGGCCACCUCCGCGGGGAUGUACUUUAACCCGGCUGCCGUUUCUCGGUACCCGAAGCCCUUGACUGAACUGCCUGGCAGAGCUCCCAUAUUUUGGCCUGGUGUAAUGCAGAGUUCUCCGUGGCGAGACCCACGGGUCCCUUGUCCCGCCCAGGCGAACAUGAUGCUUGACAAGGACGGCAAGAAGAAGCAUUCCAGACCUACAUUUUCAGGACAACAAAUUUUCGCUUUGGAGAAAACUUUUGAACAGACGAAGUACCUGGCAGGUCCCGAAAGAGCACGUCUUGCAUAUUCUUUAGGGAUGACCGAAAGCCAAGUGAAGGUUUGGUUUCAAAACAGAAGAACCAAAUGGCGGAAGCGACACGCAGCUGAAAUGGCCACAGCCAAGAAAAAACACGAUUCGGAAACGGAGAAAAUGAAGGAAAGUUCGGACAAUGAGGACGACGACGAGUACAAUAAACCACUGGAUCCAAAUUCAGACGACGAAAAAAUAACGAGACUGCUGAAGAAGCACAAAGCGACGAAUAUGUCCUUGAUCAGUCCCUGCAGUAACAGCUCGGACGCCUUGUGAUAACUUAACGCGGGCGGAGGACUCUGCUGUUCGAUACUCCAAAAGCUAAAAUAACCAGGGUAUAUACCGUUCAAAGAUUGAGGAGAGGGCGGUAAUUGGAAAUAUGAGAUAUAUGUUGUACAGACGAUAAUGUAAGUGAGAUGUAUAUAUUUUUUACUGAAUAAGUUAUGUGAUGAAGACAUCCAGUACAGGGAAGCAACUUUUCCCCCCCCCAAAAACAAAAUUUUUUCUUGCGUUAUUACUAGCUUAAUUUUGUUGUCAAGUGUCACUUAACAAGCAAUUCCCUGUUUUAAAAGUUUAAAAGACUGCGCAGGUACAUAAUGUAAAAUGUUGUAAAUUAUGAUGUAAAAAGUUUUGUUCACAUUUUCCAUUUAGACAGUUUUUUUGUUACAUUUUAAGGAAUUUAUGUUUUUAUUUUACCAAAAAAACUCGAUUACUGUUUAUGUUGAAUUAAGAGAGUAUUAUUACUUCCACAAAAUGUAGGAAGAAAAUCUUUGUAUUAUCAAUAAAUUAUUUAACAAGA